GCCUUUUUGUUAUUAGUCCUGGUCAGUAUUAAUUCAGUGGUAUUUUUGUAUUUGUCUUGGUGUGUUAUAUUGGUGUUGGUCUAUAUUGUAUUACAUAUUUCUGCAACCGUUCUAUUAUUAGUCCUGUCGUUAAACAAAGAUAGUGCUUGAUAAUUAUACGGAAGUCUAUAUCCUGUUCUAUAUUGUAUUACAUAUUUCUGCAGAAAACAACAAUUCUUUCACUGGAACUUAAUUAAGUACCAAUAAGUAAUAUAUUAAUUUUUGUCAAUUUAUUGCCUAGGUAGCCUCUGGUUUUGUACAACCUCAAAUUUUUAUCUCAAUUGGCCCGAAAAAUUUUUUAUUUUAUUUUUCUAUUUAGGUGGCAAAAAUUCCCGUUGCUAUAUUGUAAGACUGCCAGCCUUUCCAAAGAAUUUUUACCAAAUGAUUAUUGCUCGUUGUUGGCUGGAAAAAUUAUUUAAAUGUGUUUAUGGAUGUGCCUAUUUUGAUAGAAAUAUAUUUAAUCCAGAAAUGAUCGAUAUUUUAUUCGAUAACGACAAAGCAAUUCCUCUUAAAUUUCAACUUAAAGAAGCAAAUUUAUAUGCUAAUAAUGAAAUAUUUGAAAAUGUAUUGAUAUUUUCUUUAAAUCAUUUAUCAGUCUCUGAAUUCCUCAGUAUUGACUUUAAAGAUGUUAACAUUACAGUGGAACAUACAAAUAUUUUAUUAAAUAUUUUAAUAAAAGGAGGAAAUAAAUUCCCAAAAAUUCGUUUUGAAUUUUUCAAAUUAGGAAAGCUUUAUGAUCUUCUAAUAAAAUAUAUAACAUCUAAAGACUGUUCAAAAAUAGUGCCUCAUAUUUGUUUGGGUUAUACUAAACCGAGAAAUCUUAAAUUAAAUGAAAUAGCAGAAGAAGUUAAAAAAUCAAAUGAUUCGAAAUCUACCACUUAUCUAAUUAAAAAUAUUCACAAUCCAAAAACGAAAUUUUAUUUGGUUUUUAAAGAAAAGGAAAAAGUUGGAGAUAGUCAUACUUUAAGAAUAAUAAAAGAAUAA